UCUCUCUCUCUCUCUCUCUUUUUUCCCUCUCUUUUGUUGAGCCCUUUAACCCUUUGCGAUCAGCGGCGUUUGACGCCAGUUUCUGGGUUUAGGGAAAGGCAUAAAAUAGAAGUAAAAAUGCUGCGUGACACAGAGCUUACAAAGUGUGGCAUCGCCAAAGGCUCGACGGUGGAGGUGAGCUCCGACGAGGAUGGUUUCAAAGGGUCACUGUACGUAGCCGUUCUCGAAGAAACCCCUUCCAAAUCGAAGCGUAAGAAGCUUUCGGUCCGCUACUCGACGCUGCUCGCCGAUGACGAUUUCACUCCCCUCCGAGAAACCGUCGACCCGCGCUUCAUCCGACCGGUGCCGCCGGCGGACAUUGUCGCCGCCGUCGAGAAGUUCGAGGAAGGAGACGUCGUCGAUGCCAGCUACAGAGAUGGGUGGUGGACUGGGGUGGUGAUGAAGAUUCUGGAGGGUGGAAGGUAUGUCAUCUACUUCGAUAACCCACCUGAUGUUAUCGAGUUCGAGGGCAAGGAUUUACGGGCUCAUUUCGAUUGGAUCCACGGCAAUUGGACUCGAAUCGAAAAGCAGCAAUUGAAAAAAUCUGCAUUUAGCUGCGGGACAACAGUGGAGAUGAGGCCUGACUCAGAAGAUCUAUGCGACUUUUGGAUUCCGGCGGUAAUUAUCAAGGAGAAUGAGGGUGGAACAUUCCAUGUGAAGCAUAAGUCUUUGACGAAAGGUGUUGAUGCAGAAUCCAUGAUAUUGAGUGUUGUUGAUUCACGCUGUAUCCGACCUACACCUAUGCCUUGUAAGGACAGAGAGUAUGCUUUACUGGAACUUGUUGAUGUAUGUCAUGUUCGGGGAUGGCGUGAAGGUGUGAUCACUAGGGUUCUUGCUGGGAAAACAUACACAGUGUUUUUCAAGAGUACGAACGAGAGUUUUGAUUUCAAUCACUCUGAUCUAAGGCCUUCUCUGGAAUGGAAAGAUGGGUCGUGGCAGAUGGAACCAAAGCUUAGUAUUCCUCUGCCAGAUCUUCCACCGCAAUCAGGGCACAUCAACGAAAACGCCGACAACUCUGAGCAAGUUGUCGAGCCCGAGAGAAUUCAAAGUGCCGCCCAAAGCAAAACCAAAAGAAGGAGGACUCCUUCCAAAUGCUUAAAAAAGAAGCGGGGAGAUGGUUCAAUUGUCGUCAUUGAAAGCUAUGCUGUGUCCUCGGCAAAGAAAAUGAAGUUAAGAAGAUGUUCUACAGAGUUUUAUAAUGGAGGAUGUGAUGGAGAGGGCGAAGCUUCUGUCUUUACUAAUAGAGCAAAGAACGUUCAAAACACAACACCUGUUGAUGAACAAGCUCAUCAUGGUUUGUCCACUCCAAGGACAACAAGUACAAGUAGGGCAAUGGCAAACAGUGAAACCUCCAUUGAAAGUGAAGCUUUGAUCAGCAAAGUUGCAGCUAGAAAGAAACUGCAAGUAACUCGGCAAUCGGGUGGUAAGAUGGCUAAUGCUGUGACGAAUGGGAAGAGUCCUGACAAAGUCCAACGAGCGACGACAGCAACAAAAGAAAUUGAUUCACCCGUCGUCAUUGGCAUAAGAGCAGCUUUGGGAAACAAAACAGAGGCCACUCCCGGAGGAAAAACAUCUCCGAAGAAAACACCUCAGACGAAAAGGAAAGAGAAGGGCUCGACAAAUGACUCAGAAAGAGUGGAGGAGACUGAGGAGCAGAUAAACAGCAGCAACAACAUUCAAAAGAGGAAAAGAGGCCGACCACGUAAAAUCACAAGCCCAGAGUUUUGUCAGACAGAUCAAAACACGUCCGAUGAAAAGACAGUUGAAGCUUCUGGUGAUACCGAGGCUGCAACUGAAGAUAGCAAUAAUGCCGUGACUGAUGAUGAUCAGUGCCUCAAUACAUUGAUCGCUACAUUGGUCGGAGUGAAUUCAUCUUCUGCUGCUGAGAAAUUAAGGCUAUCCUCAAGUGCAGCGAACAACUCUCCGGUUGAAAAUCAGAUUGGCCUUGUUGAAACCCCGAUGAAAGAUGCGGCAAUAGUUUUGCCGUUUGUAAAAAGGUCGCCAAUAUGGGAGACCGUCGAAGGGAUGGAAGUCUUCAAAACCGUACCACAGAGACCGCAUUUCAGUCCGUUGCUCGAAACCAGAGAAGAGUACCGCGAAGGGUCAGCCAUCGGCAUGAUGGUUACCUUCUCCAGGCUGCUCGAGAAGGUCAACGAACUGCAGUUAGACGAGCCCAGAAGCACCCUCGAGAGCAUCAACCAGUGCCUUCUCGAUGUCGAGAAACAUGGAUUCGACGUUGCAUCGCCUCUAUGCAGAAUCAACGAGCUGAUGUCCAUCAAAGACAAGCAGAUUGAGACGCUGGACAGAUUAAAGGAGCUCAAGAGAGAGCUGGAGGAGUGUGACAAGAAAAGGAGCAAGUGCGAGGAAGACAUUGAAGUUGUCAGGGUCAAGUUUCUUGAACUGCAGAGCCAACAAGCGGGAUUGAUGAAGCUGAAGGAGUCGAUGGAUAAUGACAGAGCUCGGCUUCAGUCCCAAGAAGCGGUACUCGAUCAGACAAUCCAGAAUGUGGAACACGAGUUCCAGAAAACCGUCCACGCCCCUUGGAACACCAAUCUAAAGUAGAGCCGGAGAGACUACAAUCUGCACAUCUGAUCUGAAAAUGGAACCAGAUUGUAGAUAAGGCUCUCUUACAAGAAGUAUGGUGUAACCUUUAGGACUAUAAUCCUUUUGGGCAAUCCGCGGCAGACAGGGUUGAUCAUGUUCUUACGAACUAGGAUUCGCAGCAGUUGCAUUAGUUGUGUUGGUAGGCAGUGGUAUUAUGAUAGACCCUUUUUGAAGUGUUAUGCCUUUUGUCACCCAUUCCAUUCCACAUUGCAAAUGCUUUGUUCUAGCU